CGAUAGCUUUUAUUUUAGUGACACGGUCAUAUGUUUCUGCUUCAUAAAGCUAGAAAAUUAUAAUGAGAGAGAGAGAGAGAGAGAGAGAAGAGUUAAUAUUUUGCUUUAAAAACAGAGAGGAGAUGAAGUGAAUGUUCCAUUUCAAGUAGUAGUAGUGUUCUUGAUACCUCUAGCAGCAGUAGAACCAGUGGGUAGUAAUGGCAUUUAUAUUGGAGAGAUCAAGUAACAGUAGCAUCGAAGAGAUGGUUUUCUGUGUAGAAUCACAAAAAGCAGUUCCUGCUCCUUUUUUAACAAAGACAUAUCAAUUAGUUGAUGAUCCUCUUACUGAUCAUAUUGUUUCUUGGGGUGAUGAUCAAACUUCCUUUGUUGUUUGGAGACCUCCUGAGUUUUCUAGAGAUCUUCUUCCUAAUUACUUCAAGCACAACAAUUUCUCAAGCUUUGUUAGGCAACUUAAUACCUAUGGAUUCAAGAAAGUAGUUGCAGAUAGAUGGGAGUUUGCAAAUGAGUACUUUAGAAAAGGGGCAAAACACUUACUGUCAGAAAUCCACAGGAGAAAAACAUCACAAACCCAUCACCAACAACAACAUUUCCAUGAUAACCAAUCAUCAUCAUUACCUCAAAUUCUCCAACAAGAUCAAGAAAAUUUUGGUUGGAACAAUCUUGAUUCUUCCUUUCUAUGUCCUCCAAAACCUACAAAUGACAUCUUAACUGCUCUAUCAGAAGAUAACCAGAGACUUAGAAGAAAAAACUACAUGCUUUUAUCAGAACUUUCUCAUAUGAAAACCCUUUAUAAUGACAUUAUCUAUUUCAUUCAAAACCAUGUAAAGCCUACAACGCCUAAUUAUGAGCAAAAGAUUACUAAUUACAAUGCAACUUCUCCAAAGAUUGUUGAAUUAUUGGGUUCUGUUAAAAAUAAUAAUAAUAACAAUAAAUCUUCAAUUAGUAGUAAUUUAAAUGAGGAAUCAAAUAUAAAGCUUUUUGGAGUUUCUCUAAGUGGAAAGAAGAGGGUGCAUCAAGAAGUGAUUGGUCAUCAACAAGAAUUGAUUUAGUGCAUAGUAUUUUAUGGUGGGGUCUCUUCUUCUAGCUACCUUGAUCAUUAAAGCUUCUUCCAUCUAUUUUAUUGUAGGCUGCCAGUUGUUUUUGGUUAAGAUUGUAUCAGAAGAAAAGCUUUUUGUAGAUAAGUGGCUCAAGUUUAAUAUUGGAGGCAAUUAUAAGCUACUUCAUGAUAUGUCUCUCUUUUGUUAUAUUUUCUAGAAAUAGUUAUAUAGCCAGCUAAUGGAGAUUUUAUGUUCAUCUC